UGUCAUAUAACCAUGCCAAAUUCUAAAUAAAUAUGCUUAACUUACUUUAUAUUCUGUAUGGUCACUGUCAUAUAACCAUGCCAAAUUCUAAAUAAAUAUGCUUAAAUUACUUCAUAUUCUGUAUGGUCAUUGUCAUAUAACCAUGCGAAAUUCUAAAUAAAUAUGCUUAACUUACUUUACAUUCUUUCAGGUCUUUGUCAUAUAAUCAUGCCCAUAUACACUUAUAUUGAGCAUUCUAAACUUCCAUGCGUAUGCAGUAUGGUAUGAUGCACCACGCGCUUUAUAUGCUGAUUUUGUAACCAGGUCUCUCGCGGCCAGUGACGGAACCAAAAUGGCGGCUCUAGGUGGCAUUGCUGGGUCAGAGAAUCGACUCAUAUCAUUUUUUGAACGGACAAAAGCACUACUUGCCGAGGCAGAACAAUGCAUUUAUAUAUUUUCAUCUGCUGGGGACAUAGACAGAAUAGAAAUGUUACACGAGAGGCUUUCAGAGGCUGGGGAAACUGUUUUUAUUUUGAAAGAGAGCGCUUCCGAACUCAUCAGUUCGGAUCGUGAUUUAAAAAUGGCAAAUUUUCAUAGCAACAUGGAUGAGCUGUCCACACACUUGACAAGACUGCGAGUCUAUUUUGAGAAUAUGGCAGAUUAUUUAAGUGAAGACACAGUAAAUGUGCCAGCCCACCAAUGCAAGAGGGAGUACACAGGUAUGAGAGGUCAACCGAAACUGGAGGUUUCCAAAAGGCAAAUACAGUUUCUCCGCGAGUUGCACUUUCCUUGGGUCAGAAUAGCGGAACUUCUCGGAAUCUCCACAAAAACCCUAACAAGAAGGCGGCAAGAGUUUCAAAUCGAUGGCGAGGAAGAGAUGAACUGGUCGUCUGCUGGAAAUGGCGCACUAAGGGAAAUCAUGCAAGAAAUAAUGACGGUCACUCCUGGAAUUGGUCAAACCCGAAUGUUAGGUGCAUUACAUAGCAGGGGAAUACGAGUGCAACGAUGGAAAGUCAGAGAAAUGAUGCGCGAGCUGGAUCCAGUUGGAACAGCACUUCGGUGGAGAGGAACCAUAUGUAGACGAAAGUACAAUGUACAAUGUCCAAAUGCGCUCUGGCACAUCGACGGAAAUCACAAGAUGAUACGCUGGCGAUUUGUGGUACACACGGCUAUUGAUGGAUAUUCCAGGUUGAUACCAUAUGUGUACUGUGCAGACAAUAACAAAUCAGAUACCGUACUUGAACUGUUUCAGAAUGCCUGCCAAUCUUAUGGCAUACCUUCAAGAGUUAGAAGUGACCAUGGUCUUGAAAACAUGGGCGUGGCCCGAAUGAUGUUGGAGUGCCGGGGAGUCAACAGAGGAAGCAUGAUAACCGGAAGUUCUGUGCACAAUCAAAGAGUUGAACGGCUUCAUAGGGAUGUAACCAGUGGUGUCCUCAAAAGUUAUAUCGACGAGUUCAACAUGAUGGAGACUUCUGGCCUAUUAGACCCUGUUAAUGAAGUUCAUUUGUUAUCACUUCAUCUUGUGUAUUUGCAGGAAAUUAACAAAUCUCUGGAAGAAUUUACCAGACAAUGGAAUUACCAUGGUCUUAGCACAGAAGGUGGUUCAUCUCCUCUCCAGCUUUGGACCGAGGGCAUUCUGAGAACUGCAACAGACAGGAACUCGCCUUUAGAUGUUAUUUUAACAGAGGAAGAAUUAGUUUGGUACGGAGUAGAUGAAGAUGACAGUUCUGUUACAGAAGAGGACCAAGAGGUAGUUGUUCCAAGUAGUAACAUACCUCUGAGUGGAAGUCAACUAGACCACCUUCAUUCCCUAAUACCCACAAACCUGAGAAAGGACGAAAGAAUCCUCAAAUAUGUUGAGCUUGUUGGGGUUGUUCAUGCUAUGCAUCAGGAAUAAUUAGAACAUAACUAUUGUAUGGGGAGUAACUUGAGGAAAAGUAACAGGUCCUUUUAGAGGACUGGGAAAAGUAAUGUCAGUACCAAAAAAUGCUUGCUCAGUAGUGGAAAAAAACGACAUAUGGAGGUUCAGUCUGGGUUUGCUAAGUUAAUUUCAAGUUUAGAAAUUUAUUUGUAUACAAUCUUGCCAUAACUGGGAAUAACUGGAUCAGUGUCUUCCACUCAUUUCACAAGACCCAGGAAUUCUUUUCUCUUUUCUCUCACAGCAGCAGAUGU